AUAUUUCUCCUGCUCAGAGAAAGAAGAAGUCAUGGCAAGAACCAAGCAGACAGCCCGUAAAUCCACCGGAGGCAAAGCCCCCAGGAAGCAGCUGGCCACCAAGGCUGCCCGUAAGAGCGCCCCGGCCACCGGCGGCGUGAAGAAGCCUCACCGUUACAGGCCCGGUACCGUGGCUCUGAGAGAGAUCCGUCGCUACCAGAAAUCCACGGAGCUGCUGAUCCGCAAGCUGCCCUUCCAGCGCCUGGUGAGAGAAAUCGCUCAGGACUUCAAGACCGACCUGCGCUUCCAGAGCUCCGCUGUCAUGGCUCUGCAGGAGUCCAGCGAGGCUUACCUGGUCGGCCUGUUCGAGGACACCAACCUGUGCGCCAUCCACGCCAAGAGGGUCACCAUCAUGCCCAAGGACAUCCAGCUGGCCCGCCGCAUCCGCGGAGAGAGGGCUUAAACUGCUGCUGCUCCACAAACCACAACGGCUCUUUUAAGAGCCACCUCACUCUUCACUGAAGGGCCCAUUCC